AUGGCGGAGGCGGCAACUGCCACCCCACCGGAGCUGCCCACCAAGCCCAUCCCCGAGGGCUUCACAGCGCGGACAGAGGGCAAGGCCACCAUCCUGCAGCAUGGUAACGAUGUCUUCUACAACCCCGCUCAGGUGAUCAAUCGCGACCUGUCCAUCGCGGUGCUGCGCUACUUUGCCGCCCUGCGCGCCACCGAGCCGGCCCCCACGGGCCGAGCGGCGCAUCGCGCGCGUCGUGCCUCCCCCACGAAUGCGGCGGAGGUCUCAACCCCUCCCACCCGCCCCGGCCUGACCGUGCUGGAGGGACUGGCCGCCUCGGGCCUGCGCGCCAUCCGCUAUGCGCAGGAGGUCCCCGGUCUGGCCCGCGUGGUGGCGAACGACCUGGACCCCAGCGUGGUGGAGGCCCUGCGCCGCAAUGUGGCCUUCAACGGCGCCCCUGCGGUUGACCUGGUGGAGCCCAGCGUGGGCGACGCGCGCCUGGUCAUGCUGCGCCGUGCCGGCGAGUUCGACGCGGUGGACCUGGACCCCUACGGCUCGCCCAGCCAGCUGCUGGACAGCGCGGUGCAGGCCGUGGCGGACGGCGGGCUCCUGCUCUGCACCGCCACCGACAUGGCGGUGCUGUGCGGGAACAACAGCGAGACCUGCUUCGCCAAGUACGGGGCCUACCCGCUGCACAAGCCCUACUGCCACGAGCAGGCGCUGCGCAUCCUGCUGGGGGCCAUCGAGACCGCCGCCGCGCGCUACAAGCGCCACAUCGUGCCCCUGGUCUCACUGUCCAUCGACUUUUACGUCCGCGUCUUCGUCCGCGUCUACACCAAUGCGAACGAGGUGAAGAACUCGGCCACGCGCAUGGGGUACGUCUGGCAGAGCCAGGGCUGCGACUCCUUCUACUGGCAGCGCAUGGGCCGACGGCUGAUCAAGGGCAGCAGCGUCAAGUACGCGCCCGGGUCCGGGCCCGCCGUGCCCCAGGCCUGCCCCGAGACGGGCGCCGGCUUCACCAUGGGCGGCCCCUUCUGGGCCGAGGCGUUGCACAGCGCCGAGGCGCUGGCCGGCAUCCUGCAGGUCCUGCGCUCCGACCGCGCCGCCUUCCCAGCCUACGCCAAGGUGCACAGCAUCCUCACCGCCGCCAGCGAGGAGCUGCUGGACGCGCCGCUGUAUGUCAACCUCCACGACGUCUGCAAGACGCUCAAGUGCUCCGCGCCGCGGGCAGAGGUCCUGCGCUCCGCCAUCGUCAAUGCGGGGUACAGGGUGUCGUCCACCCACGCCUGUGCGCUGGGCCUGAAGACCGACUGCCCCUGGAACGUCUUCUGGGAUAUAAUGCGCUGCUGGAUCGCCGAACAUCCGGUCAAGAACGUCCUCCCCGGGUCAUGCUUGGAGAAGAUCCUGGCCAAAGCGCCGGAGCACAAGGCCAACUUUGCGCGCGCCACGUCUGCGCUGAGCAAGGCGCGGACCUCCAAGGUGGCGCGCUACCUCCCGAACCCCGAGGCCAACUGGGGUCCCAAGCCCAAGCAUGGGAGGGGACCGAAGCAGGCCGAGGCAGGGGCGCAGGUGGGUGCCGCCAAUGGCGCACACAAGCCCUCACCUGACGAGGACGGGGGUGCAGAGGCUGUUCAAGAGGCGAAGGUUGCCGCGCCACAAUGA